GUGGAGAGACACACAAAUAUUCAUUUCGGCGCCGCGGCCAUAGAGGGUCGAACGCACCGACGAUGCCGGGCCGCAUGGUGGCCGUCAACCUGUCAGGGCCCGACCAGGGCGUCAACUGCUGCUGCGGCUGCAUCCGCUGUUGCGGCUGCAUCAACUGGGCCUACGUCACGUCGGCGGCUGGCAUCGCCAAGAUCGUCGAGUUUGUGCUCGGCUCGAUGUGUCAGAGUUUGGCGAUCAAAUUCGGGCUGGCGCACGCCUCCGAGAUGGGCUCUGCUUUCGACGCGUAUCUCUCAGCCUGCUCGGCGGCCCUGCUCGGUUCCGGCUGCCUCCUUUUCUGCUUUCUCAUGUCCGACAAGUCCGUCAAGGCAGUGCGUUCGUCGCUUUUCGAAACGCUGUACAACGGCAUGUGCGCAUUUCUCGUCUUGAGCUCGAGCAGUUCCUUGAUGGCGGCGGUCAAUUUCUUCCUCUGGCCGCGAUAUCUCGUCACGCCGUUUUAUAUUGUUUAUCCAGCCAUGUUCGGUGCAGCGUGUCUGGGACUUCUUUUAGGAGGCGUGUACGUGUUGGAUUGCUACAUGAGCUACAGACAUUACAAGGGAUACUCACCAAACAGAAGAAACCACGCACCGAUAUUCAGCAUUUAAUUAAUACAUAUCGCCGCUUCACACACUUCCGUCAUUGCCAUGCCAACACACUCACACAUCUCUCUUUUAAACUAGUCAGUUUGGCAGACUAACAAACACUCUGUUCAAAGGAUUUGGGUAAAAUAUUUAAAUCAAUUGCCGUGUGGGAUAUCUGAUCGAGACAUUUUAUUUUUUGCCUUUUAAUAAUUACAAUAAAUAUCUUUUUAUAAACAAUUAUUUGUACUUUUUUCGUUGAAUGCCAAACAAAAAUAGAGCACACGCAUUUGGUUCCAUAGUCGUCGUGCGUAUUCCUCGACUAUUUUGCGGGAAGGAACAAUUUCUAAACGAAAAUUAGGCUCUUAGCGUCCGCAAAGUAUGCGCAUAAGGUAUUUUAAUUUUAGUUCCAUUCAGUUGCCAGCAUAUAGUUUUGUGUGAAAUCCCAGCAACGAAGCAAUAUUUGCGUUAGUUACGGCAAAUAACACCGUAUUUUGAUUUUUGUGGUUCCUGAAGCGCUGCGAAGAUAGGACUUUUGAUUCAUUCUUAUCCGGGGAAAAGCACACUCGCACAACGGAAUUUUCUUAUCAUGGCGAUAUUAUCAAAAGCAACGAGACGCGGUGGCGGCGGCCUUCCUUUCAAUAAACUCUCUCGUAACCGCAAAUCGAACAUUGUUUAUGAAAAAGCCGCCAUGCCGUGUGUAUCUCUCGGCAUACACAUUUUAAUUAUAUUUUCGAGUAUGUAUAUAAUAUAUAUGAAUGUGACGGAAUGUGCAACAGAGGUGAAAACCAAGCAUUCAAGAGUGUGUCUGCGCGUGUGGCGGCUCACUUGCGCUCGAGCUGCUUCCUCGCUUUAGUUUGGCCGACAAAUUGCCCACCUUCCGCAGGUGCAGUGUCUCGUCUUGGCCGAAUACUAGUCCUCCUCGUCGGGCGGUUCGUUCGGUUCGACCGGCCGUCUCGACUCGACCAGCAACUCGUUCAGGUCGACCCUGCCGUCCUGAUUGAAGUCGAGACAGCCGCGUGCACAGCUGGCCCGGCUCGGAGCCGUCGUUCGGCAGCAGCGAGCACGCCUAAUUGUAAGCUACUGCUUCAGCUCACUCAUUAAAACCGUGCCUGAAAUACAAAUAAUCGUGUUUAUUUAUUUUUUGUCUAACUUAAAUAUUUGGAAGUGGAAACAAACUAAUACGAUUA